AUGAUGGACGGACAUCACGAUACCACGGGAUUCAAUUGCAAACGAUGCAAUCUUCCGGAUUCAGCGGACAACCACAUGGUUGCAUGUGAUAAGUGUCACGAGUGGGAACAUUUUAAAUGUGCCGGCGUAGAUGAGAAAAUCAAGGAUAAACCGUAUUCCUGCCGGAAAUGUUCCGUUCAAGAAAAUUCCACGCUAUUGAAACCAACGGCGGAGAAAAAAGGUGUCUCAAAAGGAGCAAGCAGUAAGGCUGCAUCGAAGCGCAGUAAAAAACCUGUACCGGCUGAUCCUGCACCGAGUGUUACUUCCAGUGUCCGUGCGGCGAUGGAAUUGGAGCUAAAGCUGAUAGAGGAAGAAUGCCAGCUGAGGGAGAAAGAGCUCAAUGAACAGGAAGAGCUACAAAAACUGAAGCUGGAGGAGGAACAGCGUGAGUUGCUGAAAAAAGAAGCUGCGUUACGUGAACGCAAAUUACAAUAA